AAGACUAGCUUAUUCUAGACGUAUUUAGCUCGUUAUAGUACAAUUUUAGGCUUAGUAGACAUUUGAAAAACAAUUGAAGCAGGUAAGAUAAUCUUAAUUACAAAGUUUUUCUUUAUAAAAUUUUGCAAAAUUUAAAGUUUUCAGCAUGGCCAAAAGUAACAGUGAGCAUGUCAAACGACCCAUGAACGCGUUUAUGGUGUGGUCUCGUGGUCAGCGCAGGAAGAUGGCUCAAGAGAACCCCAAAAUGCAUAAUUCGGAAAUCAGCAAGCGUCUCGGUGCACAAUGGAAACAGCUGUUAGAGUCAGAGAAACGACCCUUCAUUGAUGAAGCUAAACGUCUUCGAAGCUUGCACAUGAAAGAGUAUCCUGAUUACAAGUACAGACCACGGCGUAAACCCAAGUCUUUACUGAAGAAAGAUCAGUCAUAUUUCCCUGUGACGUCAUGUCUGACUUUCUCUCCGGCUUUUGAUCCUCUUCGGAGAUUUCCAUUACAUAAUACCCCUCCAACAUUUGGCUUGUCUCCCCUAUCUGCUUUGGAAAGUGAGAAAGCUACUGCUGUCAGAACAUCACCUUUGGGCUUUCACAUAUCUUCCAGUCCGAUGAGCCCUUCACAUUUAAACAAUAUCUACGGCAACGGAGAUGGACCUAAUUUUAAUUUAGAAAAACUACGAGUAGCGUCCAUCGAUCCCUCCCUCUCGCCCAGUAGUCUGGCGGCAGCGAACAGCAGUAUCUUGAGUUACACACCUUCAACGGUGUCGCCUCUCUACAGCGCGGCAGCAAGUGGGAGUUUCCACCACAGUCCCAUCGCUGUACUCCCAUGUGGAUGUGGUCCUGCUUAUUUUUCGGCUCUUGGCCCUUUUCCCUCAGCAAGUAAUUUAAAGACUCAAAAGGAUGAUUUUCGCUUUCACUAUUCACGCUUGUUCAUGAAACCUGAGGAAUAUCUAUCAAAACUCUCAAACCCUCCAGCCCUAACUGGCGUAUCAUCAAGAUGUUAAGCCUUGUUCAGGCUUAAGUAUUUUCCAAUUAGAGAACAGUAAGACUCGAUAGAGAAGCUAUGUUUAUUAUUGUUAUUAUUAUUAUCGAUUAAUUAGUGAAAAUAUAUUUCUAGUCGUUACUAGUGCCAUACCUCACUCGUUAACAAUUAACAUAAUAAUAAAGAUACAAUAAUUUUAAUACAAUCAACGCAGCUAGAAGACUCGUAUGCUUGUUGAGACUGGAAGUGGAAGGCAAAUGUGAUUAAUUAUUACACGAGUUCAGAUAACAGUAUUAAAGGUAAAACGAAAUAAAACAAAAUUAAAUAAUUUUUUUUAUAUUCUGAAUUAUAAAAUAUUUAUCUCAGUACGCCAAUAAUAUUUUUUUUGUUCAUGUUGUUUAAUGUAAAGUUGCACAAAGUAUUAUUGGCGCUGCGCCCAAUGCAAGGAUCAAACGCCGAAUGUUAGUAUUGUUAGCCUUCCAGUUUGACAUUGAGCCACCGGGAGGGGGCUAGAAGUUUUCAUCAUGUGAUAACUAGUAGUUUAA